AUGGAAUCGAAGAGUCGGUUCUUGAGUAACAUGUCACACGAGAUCAGGACACCGUUGAUUGGAAUAUCGGGAAUGGUGAGCUUCCUGCAGGAUACCAUCCUUAACGAGGAGCAGCGGGAUUAUACAAACACUAUCCAGACUAGCGCCAAUAGUCUGCUUAUGAUCAUCAAUGACAUUCUCGACCUGUCUAAGGUUGAUGCGGGGAUGAUGAAACUCAGUCACGAAUGGUUCCAUACGAGGUCACUAAUCGAAGACGUCAAUGAGCUCGUGUCAACAAUGGCGAUUGCUAAGCGGUUAGAGUUGAAUUAUGUGGUGGAAGAGGACGUUCCGGCUUGGAUCAAGGGCGACAGAGUCCGCAUUCGACAGGUUUUGCUCAACGUGAUUGGCAACGCGAUCAAAUUCACAACAGUUGGAGAAGUUUUCAGCCGUUGCAAGGUCAAGGCUAUCGGCCCGCCAGACCUUGAUGACAAUCAGAUCAUGCUUGAAUUCUCCAUCAUUGAUACAGGGCGAGGAUUUAGCAGAGAGGAGGCGCAGCUGAUUUUCAAGCCGUUCAGUCAAAUUGAUGGCAGCAGCACUCGUCAGCAUGGCGGAAGUGGUCUUGGCCUUGUCAUCUCCCGUCAACUUGUGGAGCUUCACGGCGGAAGGAUGGAGGGAACUGCAAUACCAGGAAAGGGAUCUACUUUCACUUUCACGGCACGUUUUGGUCUACCAACUAAAGAUGACCAUCCUGACGCUCCUGCAACUCCGAUCGAGACCCUUCCAUCUGGGACACCAUUGCCAGAGAACACCACGCAAGCCUACCGACAGCUUGCCUUGAACAAAAUCAUUGGGCCGAGUUCCACUACAAGUCCUACAAAUACUGAAAACGAUAGGGAAGCUACAACGAAGCAUAUCAAGAUGACUCUGCCUAAAGACGUACCAUAUCAGAUCACGGCAUUAGCGAGUGUCAAAGAGGCCGAGGAAUUGAUUGGUGUUGAUGACCCAGUUAUCUUUACGCACGUUGUCCUCAAUCUAGGCUUGCCGGAACAAAUAAUCGAUCUUAUGGGCCAGAUCAGCCACUCAGCAAUGGCCGAUAAGACCACAAUUCUCAUUCUUUCUGACUCUGUGCAAAGACAGGCCGUUAUGAAGCUGGCGGCAGGCACGGAGUAUGAGGAAUUACUUUCCGAAAACAAAGUGACAUACAUCUAUAAGCCUGUCAAGCCCUCCAGGUUUGCUGUCAUCUUUGACCCUGGAAAUCAGAGUGAUACGAGCAUUGACCGCAACCGCUCCACUGCGCAACGAAUCGUGGAGUCGCAGAAGCAAAGCUAUCUCGAGGUGGAAAAGCGCAUGGGCAACAAAGGCUACAAAGUGCUUCUUGUCGAGGAUAACCCCGUCAACCAGAAGGUCCUCAAGAAGUAUCUUAAGAAAGUUGGUCUCGAAGCUGAGGUAGCCGUGGAUGGUGUAGAGUGCACCGAGCAGGUGUUUGGCCAUCCUCAUGGCUACUACUCCUUGAUACUUUGUGACCUCCACAUGCCUCGGAAAGAUGGUUAUCAAGCCUGCCGCGAAGUACGGGACUGGGAGGAGAAGAACCACUACAAGAAGUUACCCAUCAUUGCAUUGUCUGCAAACGUCAUGUCAGACGUGCAAGAGAAGUGCGUCGCUGCAGGAUUCAGUGACUAUGUCACAAAACCUGUCGACUUCAUCGAUCUGAGCACCGCCCUGUCCAAAUUCUUUUAA